AUGUGAAUGAAAAUGCUUCAAUUAAGGACGAUAAUAAGAAUUUACCCCCUUUACAUAUUCAAAUCUAUUCACACAAUAUUAGACAAGAUGCAAAAAACUUAAUGGAAGGAGAACAACCCUGGGUAGUGAGAAGAGCAGGUGUUGAAGCAGCCAUUAAAUUUGUUGCAUCCCAAAACGUUCCUACUUUGUUUGGCUUCCAAGAAGUAAAACAAAAUCAAUUGAAUGAUAUCUUACAAUCUUUAGGACCAGAUUGGUCUUAUUUUGGUGUUGGUAGAGAUGACGGUAAAACUAGGGGUGAAUAUGCUCCUAUUUUAUACCAGAGAUCAGAAUGGGAAUUGUUAUCGGGUAAAACAAUUUGGUUAGGUACCACACCUGAUCGUCCAAGUAAAGGUUGGGACGCAGCUUAUGAAAGAAUUGUCACCGAUGUUAUAGUGAAACAUAAGAAGCUGGGAAAAAUUGUCAAUUACUUAAAUACCCAUUAUGACCAUAGAGGUAAAAAGGCAAGAGAAAACUCGUCUAAACAAAUUGUUGAUAUUAUGAACAAGUCUCAAGGAACAAGUUUACUAAGUGGUGACUUUAACAGUGAAAAACAUGAAGAAGCCUAUCAAACAUUAUGCAAAUCAUUAUACGAUACUUCUUGCAAUGCUAAGGAAAAGAAAGGUUUUGAACAUACCGACACUGGUUUCAAAAAAGGACGGGAACAAAAAAGUAUUGAUUUUAUUUGGGCCCCAGAAGGUGUUCCGAUAAUUAAGCACGAAGUAUUACCUUCGGAAUAUAAUGGUUACUUAAUGAGUGAUCAUCGUCCAGUGACUGCAAUUUUCGAAGUUUGAAGACUAAAUUAUUUUUACAAUUUCUUUUCUUUUUAAUUUCAUUAACUUAUUUUAAGAGAAAUCGAAC